ACUCCGCGAGUUUGAAGAUGAAUGACAAGCUCGCCUUUAUGAGCCACACAUAUCGUGUUUAACCGCAGUUAAUUGAUGCUACAUAUUAAAAAACGUUAGCGGUAAAAUUGACUUAAGUAGACUGGCAUACCGGCUUUGUUAAUGGGAAGCACCAGAGCUGAACAGCGCGAUAGCUAAAUCCAGCAAUGUUGCUAAUGCUAACAACAACUGUUAGCAUGUAUGCCUGAUGGAUUGACCCAAUGCGGAGCCCAAGAGGAGAGAACUGCAGGCUGAAUGAGCUGACAACAGUUUGUGAAGGCUGAAGAAGGAGAGCCACAAUGUACCCUAUCCCUCAGCAUUCCACGAAGUCCAGCUGCAGCAGUAGCUCCAGCAUCACAGAGUUGCUGGCUGCCCUGUGCGACAGCAACCUUGCUGGGGUGUCAUGGAAGCGCAGGGCCGUGGGAGGUGUCUCACGGGAGGGCUUCCGCCGAGCUCUAAAAAGGCGUGCCUAUGGCUCCCUGCUGUCAAAGCUUUUCCAAGACGGCACCAAAGCCCCUCCUGCCUUGGGCCCGAUGGCGAGCGCACCUCCUAGGAACAAAGUCAUCAUGAUAUGUUUCGACCUGAGAAGGGCCGGCUGCCAGGAGGAGGCGGAGAAGCUGGAAGAGCAGCUGGAGAAGCUUCCGGAGGGAGCCGCCUCGGGCUUGAGUGAGGUAGAUGCCGUGCUGGAGCUCCUGGUCCACCUCGCGGGCGCCACUCCCCCGCCCCCGUCCUCCUUCAGUCGGGACUAUAUGAGGCGGGAGAGGCCCGUGCUGCGCAGGCCUCUGCCAUGGCCCUACCAGAGCCAGGAGCUGCAGAGGCUGGAGGCCCGGGCGUGGGGGCUCAUAUGUGCGGAGGAGUGGGCAUCGUUGGAUAGCAGGUGUGUCACUCAGAGGUUGAUGGAUGCUGAGCCAGGCACAGGUUUAUUGGCUCUAAGGGCUAAAAUGGACACGGAGGAAAAAUUUGAGCGGGAGACCAGGCUGACUCUUUUUGGAGCUCUGCAACACAGCCGAACCUCAGACUUGGACAUCAGACUGGACAUGCCUCCUCUGCCCAGUAAUGUGGACGUGACUGGGCUCAGCAUCAAGGUCCCGCCAUGCUUGGAUCAGUCUGAGGAUGAAGGCUUCCAGUCUGCAUCCAACUUGACCCCGGACUCUCAGUCGGAGCCCAGCCCCAGUCCAGAGUUGGAUGUGUGGGAGGCUUUGAAAACAUUUCAACCUGGAGUACGCCGUUGCUGGGAAACUAUUGGCUGGCCGCCCGGGAGAAGAGACCGUUUGUAUCUGAGCGAGAGCGGCAGAGAGGCCUUCGACCAGAUUUAUCGACUGUGGGAGGGUGAGAUGAGGGUGGUCAACACAAGCGCACCCCCCCCAAUCCUUCCGCUGUACUUGGACUCUCAGACGCUGGUGGGCGACCUCCUGAACGUGCUGAUCGGCGUUGCAUCGUCUACCUUUCCUCUCAAUAAGAGUGUCCAGUUCGACGUCCGGCCUGGUGUGUGUGUGUCAGGUACCUCUCCGGAGAGUAUGUCUUGUCUUUUGGAGGAGCUUGCCCAGUACGGUACCUACUACCUGAGGCUGAGCCGCUUCUCGCUGCAGAGUGCUGACAAGAAGGGCCUGGUCUUCCAGGCGUUCACUGGAGGUCUGAGGAAGUACUUGCAUUACUACAGAGCGUGUGUUCUCAGCACGCCGGCCACACUGAGCCUGCUGACCAUUGGCUUCCUCUUCCGCAAAGUGGGCCGACAGCUCAGGUAUCUGUGGGAACUGUGCCGCGUUGACGAGCCUGCGGUCGCCGACCAGGCCUCCUUCCCUGUGGGCGUCAAGCUUCUAUCCUACCUGUACAAGGAAGCCCAGAACAACUGCAGCAACGAGAACUACCCAGUCCUGCUGUCUCUCCUCAAGAGCAGCUGUGAACCAUACACCAGGUUCGUGUCUGACUGGGUGUACAGCGGCGUUUUUCGAGAUGUUUACAGAGAGUUCAUGAUCCAAGUCAAUGAAGAGCACCUCAGCGUCAGAGACAAGCACUUUUGGGUCCACGGCUACACGUUGAUUUCCAAAGACGUGGAGGAGUGCGUGCCCGUCUUCCUGAGACACAUCGCUAACGACGUGUACGUCUGCGGGAAGACCAUCAACCUCCUCAAGAUCUGCUGCCCUCAGCACUACAUCUGCUUGUCAGAGCUGCCCGUGCCUCGCAUCGCCGUCACCUUCUCCCUGCAGGAGGUAGAGCAAAUUGAGAGGGACUGCGCCGUGUACCGAGGGCGCAUGGAGAGGAUCGCCAAGCACAGCGCCAUCAGCAGGGAGGUGCAGGCCCAGCGAGCAGAGGAGGCGCGCCAGGAGCUGAUCAAUCAGGUCAGAGCGUCGGCAGCCAAAACACUGGAGAACAUUUGUGGGCGCCAGGUGUCACAGCGUCUGGUGGAGGAGGCCAAGAAAAGGGAGUGUUUCGAAAAGCUCAAGCAGCACCUGGAGCAGGAGAAAGAGUGGCGCAGCACGGCCAAAAAGAAGCAGGACGACGACGACAACGUCCAAGAGAAGAGACCUCAAGCACCGGAGGAGCAACUGGAGCAGAGAGCCAGAAAGGAGCUGAUUGCUCAGUACAGCCGCCUGUCAGAGGAGGCGGUUCGCAGGGAGAGGCGGGCCUUGUGGAGGGAUCAGAGGAUGACAUUUGACGCAGCCCGUUCCGACUUCUUCGUGCAAGAACAGAAGCAGUUGAAGGCGAUGUUAGAGAAAUAUCCUUUGGGCCAGGAGAGCGGUCCAGCUUUACCCGCCCAGCACACAUCAUCCCUGGACACCCCCACCCAGGAAGUGCUUGAAACAAAACAAGAGGAAACCCAAGAAUCAGAAUCUUCUCACAGAGCAGUUGACACUGCAGCCUUCACCUCUGGUGAUAUUCUUCCAGGAAUCGACGCCCAUCAGGUGGACGCCGCCUUGCAGGAGAUUGGCUCUCACCUGCCUGAGGUGUGUCCCACAGAGCAGCUAAUCGACUACGACUUCAGCGCCCCCUUCAGUCCGCUUGAAGGAAUCACCUCCCAACCCAAGCCUUGUUGUGACGUCAUUCAUAACCACCCCUCCUACUCCCACUUCCUCAUGGAUGAGAAUGUGCCUCUCAUCCCCGACAGCCUCCCUCAGGCCAGGCGCUUAGGCCACGCCUCCAAGUCCAGCUUCCCCAUUGGCCAGUGCACCCCCGAGGAGAUGGAACAUGCACCCAAAAAGAGUGUUAAUGUAGUUCCUUGUAAGGGUGCUACACAGCUAGGACAAGGUGAUGGUUCUGUGGUGCUGGAGGAAGAAACUGGUGCCCAUGAAGGUGUUGUUGCUAAUAAGGAUGCUUUGUUACAACUAAACAUGGACAGUGUUUGUAAUCGGCUUUACUCUAUGACAUGUGAUUAUAAUAUUGAUAUAUCAAUACAUCAAAAUGAUGUAAAGGUUGCUUAUCCAUCAGAUUCACCCAUCAACAUUGGCGAGAACGUUUCAGACACUCCUGCACCGCUCCUAUCCUCAAACAUCCGUGGCCACUCCUCGGACGCUCACAUCAAAGUUGGAGAGAACGUGUCGGACUUUGUAGCCCCACUAUCUGCCAGAAACCUCCACAAUCACGCCACCGACGGCCACAUUAGAGUCGGCGAAAACGUCUCAGAGGUGGCGGCGCUGCUGCCCUCCCCCAGCAUCCACGGCCACGCCACCGACGCCCACAUCAAAGUUGGAGAGAACGUGUCAGACUUUGUAGCCCCUCUACCUGCCAGAAACCUCCACGGUCACGCCACCGACGCCCACAUUAAAGUCGGCGAAAACGUCUCAGCGGUGGCGCCGCUGCUGCCCUCCCCCAGCAUCCACGGCCACGCCACCGACGCCCACAUCAAAGUUGGAGAGAACGUGUCGGACUUUGUAGCCCCUCUACCUGCCAGAAACCUCCACGGUCACGCCACCGACGCCCACAUUAAAGUCGGCGAAAACGUCUCAGAGGUGGCGGCGCUGCUGCCCUCCCCCAGCAUCCACGACCACUCCCCCGACGCCCACAUCAAAGUUGGAGAGAACGUGUCGGACUUUGUAGCCCCUCGACCUGCCAGAAAACUCUAUAGUCACGCCACCAACGGCCACAUCAAAGUUGAAGAGAACAUUUUGGACUUUGUAGCCCCUCUACCUGCCAGAAACCUUCAUGGUCAUGCCACCGAUGCCCACAUUAAAGUCAGCGAAAACGUCUCAGAGGUGGCGGCGCUGCUGCCCUCCCCCAGCAUCCACGGUCCCGCCACCGACGCCCACAUCAAAGUUGGAGAGAACGUGUCGGACUUUGUAGCCACUCUACCGGCCAGAAACCUCCACGGUCACGCCACUGACGCCCACAUUAAAGUUGGCGAAAACAUCUCAGAGGUGGCGGCACCGCUGCCCUCCCCCAGCAUCCACGGCCACGCUACCGACGCCCACAUCAAAGUUGGAGAGAAUGUGUCGGACUUUGUAGCCCCUCUACCUGCCAGAAACCUCCAUGGUCAUGCCACCGAUGCCCACAUUAAAGUCAGCGAAAACGUCUCAGAGGUGGCGGCGCUGCUGCCCUCCCCCAGCAUCCACGGUCACGCCACUGACGCCCACAUCAAAGUUGGAGAGAACGUGUCGGACUUUGUAGCCCCUCUACCGGCCAGAAACCUCCACGGUCACGCCACUGACGCCCACAUUAAAGUUGGCGAAAACAUCUCAGAGGUGGCGGCACCGCUGCCCUCCGCCAGCGUCCACGGCCACGCCACCGACGCCCACAUCAAAGUUGGAGAGAACAUGUCGAACUUUGUAGCCCCUCUACCUGCCAGAAACCUCCACGGCCACGCCACCGACGCCCACAUCAAAGUUGGAGAAAACGUGUCGGACUUCGUAGCCCCUCUACCUGCCAGAAACCCCCACGGUCACGCCACAGACGCCCACAUUAAAGUUGGCGAAAACGUCUCAGCGGUGGCGGACCCGCUGCCCUCGCCCAGCGUUCAUGGCCACUCCUCGGACGCCAACAUUAAAGUAGGAGAGUUUGUUUCCAACGUUCCAGAAGCGAGACCACGUUGGAGCAAGUACGGCCACGUCUCCGACUGCACCCUCCAGCCGGGCUGCGUGGUCUUGGGGUCGGAACCCGCUUCCACACCCUUGCCCGGGAGCGCUUACGGGCACGCAUCAGACUCCACGUUAGUAACGGGAUGUGUGGUCGAGCAGGAGGCGAUCAAACUCUACCCUAUACCCGGCAGCGCCCACGGACACUCUUCCGACACCAACCUGGGCGUCGGCUGUAUGGUCACCCAAAGUAACCCGCCUCUUCUACCGCUGCCAGGCAGUCAAUACGGACACUCCUCCGACUCCGCUUUGGGGGUGGGCUGCGUGGUGUUGGGGGCGGAACCACAAGUCUCCCCUCUACCAGGCAGCCAGUACGGACACUCGUCACAUUCUUCGUUGGGAGCCGGAUGUGUGGUGGGAGGAACAGCACAUCCCAAAGAGGAUGCUCAAGUUUGGGAGUCUGAGACGUGCAAGCAGCAGGCAGAGGGCGCGGGGUUGGACUUGUCCCCCCGAGAGACGUUUGAACAGGAGUACAUCUUGGCCUUGUCUGCUCAGUACCACGUGGACCAUUAUGAAGACUGCUACAACGUCAUGGCUUCGUCCCCUAAAAGUCAGCUGCUCAAGCAUAUGACUCGGGGCCCCUGGGGUCUCCCCGUGGAGCUUGGGUUCCACCAGGCCACGGACACCACGGCCGUGCAGCUCAGUGAGAUGGUGUCCUUGCCGGUCCUCAUCAAAAAUUCUGUCACCGCCCCGCUCAUCACACACGUGUCGUUGGUGAACAAGGCGGCGGUGGACUACUUCUUCGUGGAGUUGGGGGUGGAGCGCCACUUUGAGGCGCUGCGCCACUUUCUGCUGAUGGAGGACGGCGAGUUUGCACAGUCGCUCAGUGAUCGACUUUUUGAGAAGCUGGGCAGCGGGCAGACCCCCGGUGAGCUGCUCACCCCCCUGGUGCUCAACUCCAUCCUGAACAAAGCGCUGCAGUACAGCCAGAACCGUGACACGCCCCACGCUGCCAACUUCACCUUCGCGCUGCGCUUCCUGCCUGACACCUUCCGCCCGCACGCCCCCGACUCGCUUAACUGUCUGGAGUUGCGCUACAAGGUGGACUGGCCUCUCAACAUCAUCAUCACAGACAGCUGCUUGAACCAGUACAACCGCCUCUUCUCCUUCCAGCUGCAGCUCAAACACAUGGUCUGGAGUCUCAGAGAUGUCUGGUUCCACCUCAAGAGAACUGCGUUGGUGAAAGAUGCGGGUCGCUCGGUGCAGUUUCGUCAGCUGCAGCUUUACCGCCACGAGAUGCAGCACUUUGUCAAGGUCAUCCAAGGUUACAUCGCCAACCAGAUCCUCCAGGUGUCAUGGAGCGAGUUCACCGCCAAGAUGGCCACCGCUUGUGACCUGGACGCCAUCCACCGCACACACGCAGACUACCUAAACAGAGCCAUCUUCAGAGCUUUGCUGACAAAGAAGGCGGCGCCGGUGAUGAACAUCAUCCACAGCAUCUUCAGCUUCAUCCUCAAGUUCCGCGCGCAGCUUAUCGCACAGCCUUGGUCCAGCCAGCAGGGGGAGGCGGUGCACCCCAGCUUCAUCGCCAUGCAGCAGUCGUACAACACCUUCAAGUAUUACUCGCACUUCCUUUUCAAAGUGGUGACCAAACUGGUGAACAGAGGAUAUCAGCCUCAUUUGGAAGACUUCCUCCUGCGCAUCAACUUUAACAACUACUACAAAGACUCUUGAAGGUACAAGUCCUCUCUCAGACACAGCUUUUCCUCUGACAAAGUACCAUUUCAAUGUUAUGUGCAUUUUUAGCAAGUAAAAUAAAGUUCCCUCUUUAUUCCAACUAGUUUCCCUAAAAAGUGUUCAUUACUCGAUGAAUCGAUAGCUGCAGCCCUUUUACACGUGGCAUUCUACCAAAUUCAAACAUAUUUACUUUAUAUUAUGGUCUUUUUAAACCCGGGGCAUUAAUUGAGAUAGUGAUAAGAUAAAUAAAAUAAUCUUUUAGCCUAAGAAGUAGCUGUCCCCAAUCGUGAACCUUAAAUUUCAAUUCAUGUCAAUACCGCUUAAUUUUUUUUUUAGAUUUGUCUGAAUUAUGUAAUUUAAAUUAUCUGUAUGAGUGAGUUUAAACCGAGGUUGAAAGACAUAAAUUUAAGUGUUAUUUUUAGAUUAAAAAACUGUCCCUAGUUUUUAUGUCACUACUGAAAAACCAGCGUUUUGGAGGCGUGACUGAUUCUAGUUUCAAGCCACACCCCUACAUUUUUAACACACAGAAAGACUCCGAGCUUGGUGGCGGAACCCAAGAUGUGAAACUUGGGCAAAAAAUAAAACUGAAAACUAGAAAUUGAAUCUGAAAAUUUUGAAAGAUCAAACAUCAAAAUAUAUGAAAGUGAAAAUGAAAAUAAAUAAUUCAUUCAAAGAAUGUUAAGUGUGAAUCAAAAAUAUAUUCAACCUAUAACAAUACUUUGUUAAUUUCUUGUUAUUUUGAACACACUAAUGUAUUUUUCAACAUCCAAACGUUCAGUUUGUUUCCAUACGACCACUGGCCCACCGUGCUGCCACUGAAGACUGAACCCACCUUGUACACCUAAUUUCAACAGUUUUCUCCAAAAAAUAAAUGAUUGUAUU